AUGUACAGUUCGUGCAAUCUUCUCUCAGUACCUGCUCUUGGGUCCCGGACUCCGGUUCCAAGAAGAGAUUCAUCGUCGUCAUCGAGUAGUAGGUCUGUCACAUCACAACCAACUGGACUAAUCUUUGGUCCUCGGAAAUUGCUCACAAAUGCCAUUGAUAUUUCCCCGUUAUGUAUCAUAACGACUCGAAAGGUGGGGAGGUUCUCUCUUUCGGCAGUGCUGACUGGUGAUAAUUCAACAAUGAUGAAUGUGGAAGAAGACACUGAUAAUAUUGGCCUGAUCAGUCUAGAUCCAGGCUUGGAACCUUAUAAAGAUCAUUUCAAGUAUAGAAUGAAGAGAUAUUUAGAUCAGAAAGAGCUCAUUGAAAUACAUGAAGGAAGCCUUGAGGAAUUUGCACGAGGUUAUUCUAAAUUUGGGUUUAAUCGAGAAGAAGGUUUCAUUGUUUAUCGUGAAUGGCUCCCUGCUGCUCAGGAAGCUGAAGUUGUCGGUGAUUUUAAUGGAUGGAAUGGUGUAAAUCACAAGAUGGAUAAGAAUCAAUUUGGUGUGUGGAGUAUCAGAAUUCCGGAUUCUGGUGGUAACCCAGCCAUUCCACACACUUCAAGAGUCAAAGUCAGAUUUAAGCAUGGCGAUGGAGUAUGGGUUGACAGGAUCCCUGCCUGGAUAAAGUAUGCCACUCAGGACCCUACAAGAUUUGCUGCACCUUAUGAUGGAGUGUACUGGGACCCACCACCUUCAGAAAGGUACCAGUUUAAAUACCCUCAUCCACCUAAGCCCAAGGCUCCGCGUGUAUAUGAAGCACAUGUUGGAAUGAGUAGUUCAGAAUCCCGCAUAAAUACAUAUAGAGAGUUCGCUGAUGAUGUUUUACCUCGCAUUCAAGCAAACAACUAUAAUACAGUCCAGUUGAUGGCUGUGAUGGAGCAUUCCUACUAUGCAUCAUUCGGUUAUCAUGUUACGAACUUUUUUGCAGUAAGUAGUAGAUCAGGAACUCCAGAGGACCUUAAGUAUUUGAUUGAUAAAGCACAUAGCUUAGGUCUCCGAGUGUUGAUGGACGUUGUUCACAGCCAUGCAAGUAAUAAUGCCACUGAUGGCCUUAAUGGUUUUGAUGUUGGGCAAAGCUCACAAGAUUCUUAUUUUCAUACUGGAGAGCGAGGUUACCAUGAGUUGUGGGAUAGCAGAUUAUUCAACUAUUCAAACUGGGAAGUUCUUCGUUUCCUUCUAUCCAAUCUGAGGUGGUGGCUAGAUGAGUUUCAAUUUGAUGGAUUUCGAUUUGAUGGAGUGACCUCAAUGUUGUAUCAUCACCAUGGAAUUGACAUGGCAUUCACUGGGAACUAUAAUGAGUACUAUAGUGAGACUACAGAUGUUGAUGCCGUGAUAUAUUUGAUGUUGGCCAAUUAUCUAAUCCAUAAUAUCUGGCCUGAUGCAACUAUAAUUGCAGAAGAUGUUUCUGGUAUGCCUGGACUUUGUCGGCCUGUUUCUGAGGGAGGGAUAGGUUUUGACUACCGCCUGGCAAUGGCUAUUCCUGACAAGUGGAUUGACUACGCGAAGAAUAAGCAAGAUGAAGAAUGGUCUAUGGAGGAAAUAACUCGUUGCUUGACAAAUAGGAGAUACACUGAGAAGUGUAUAGCUUAUGCAGAGAGUCAUGAUCAGGCUAUUGUGGGUGACAAAACUAUUGCAUUUUUGCUAAUGGACAAAGAAAUGUAUACUGGUAUGUCCUGUUUGACAGAUGCUUCUCCAGUUAUUGAGCGAGGAAUUGCACUUCACAAGAUGAUUCAUUUCAUAACAAUGGCAUUAGGAGGAGAUGGCUACCUUAAUUUUAUGGGAAAUGAGUUUGGCCACCCGGAAUGGAUUGACUUUCCUAGAGAAGGCAAUGACUUUAGUUAUGAUAAGUGCAGACGCCAAUGGAACCUUGUGGAUACAGAUCAUCUAAGAUACAAGUUCUUGAAUGCUUUUAACAGAGCUAUGAAUUUACUCGACGAAAAUGUUUCGUUCCUUGCAUCAGAAAAACUGAUCGUGAGCAGCAGAGAUGAAGAUGACAAGGUCAUUGUCUUUGAGAGGGGAGACCUAGUAUUUGUCUUCAACUUUCACCAAGUAAAUACAUAUGAAGGAUACAAAGUUGGUUGUGACUUGCCGGGGAAAUAUAGAGUUGCACUGGACAGUGAUGCUAGGGAAUAUGGUGGACUUGGAAGAGUGGCUCAUGAUUCAGAUCAUUUCACAACCCCAGAAGGAUUACCUGGAGUCCCCGAAACAAAUUUCAAUAACCGUCCCAAUUCCUUCAAAGUACUCUCUCCUGCUCGUACAUGUGUGGUUUAUUACAGAGUAGAGGAAAAAUUAAAAGAAACUGACAAUGACAAGUCAGCCAGCCUUACUGAGACAGAUAUAGGCAAUAUGAUGCUCAGUGGCAUUAUUUCUUUUGAAGAAGCUUCUUCCUCCGAAGAUAAAGGUGUUGACCCAAGCAAGGAACUUACAGAAACUGAAGCGCUCUAG